CGACAAGGUUGACAACAUCAAUUACCGAAACCCAUCAGCUUCGACCAAGCCUUGUUUUUAACUUCGUUCUAUAUUUCAGCCUCGCGGGCAAACACCAACACAAAUAGCAAAAAAAGGAUAUCACCGCCUGUCAUACACACCCCCUCAAACGACCAACUUCUCCAGUCAUAAAAAAAAAGAGGCACCGAAACGAACCAUGUCUGCACCGCCGAACAAGACCAACGAGAAGCCCGCGGCUGAAGCUGCAAAGCCGGAGCAAUCGCAGGCCCAACAGAAGAAGUCCGCCGCCGCGCUAGAAGAAGACGAUGAGUUUGAGGACUUUCCCGUAGAAGACUGGCCAGCAGAAGAGACCGAAGCCGCAACCACGACCGCAGCAGGCAGCAACGGCACCACGACGCAGCACCUAUGGGAGGAGAGCUGGGAUGACGACGACACGUCCGACGACUUCUCUGCGCAGUUGAGAGAAGAGCUCAAGAAAGUCGAGUCCUCGAAGCGAAGAUGAACUAGCCCGUCACUCCUAUCCGGCUCGAGCAUACCUACCAACCAACCAAACAGGUAUCUAGCAUAUCUAGGCACCUCAGCAAUAAGUGACGUGACAUAAGGAAAAGGGGUCCUCGUGAACUGUAUCUAGUUCCACUCGCCUCCGCGGCACAAUUCAUGGGAGGCAUGGAAGAUGCAGUGAGCAAGAAUUCGAUUAAUAGACAGACGGCUUUGGAACCGUCGUGACCAAGAUAACCAUAUUUGCACAAUUGCGGUGACUGCCUAUUGUCUACUUGUCCUACUACGUAGUCUAGAUGAAGAUAACAUUGAACGUAUGUAGGUAUUUCUGCAAAUCCACACAUCACGACUCCAAUCCUUGUCACUGUAGGUCAUUGACUGCCACACUAGUGUAAAUUUAAUACAUAUUUGUAUUUGUAUCUGGUAUUCGAUAUUCAUCUAAUUUUGCUACGUCAUAAAACAUUCAACACGUAACAUUAACAAUAAAGACACCGCCCAACCCAUCAGGUACCGUACCCUGCGACCC